GUCUGAGCUCCUGUGAACGUUCCGGUGCCUGAAGCGAAACCUACGACUGGAACUCCUUUGUGGAUACGGGGGCCGAUUUCAAGAUGCACUUCAAGCUACUCUUGUUGGGCGACUCAGGCGUGGGCAAGACCAGCCUGCUGCAGCGCUUCAUGGGCGGACGCUUCACGGCCAAGUACCACAGCUCCGUGGGCGUGGAGCUGGGGAUGCACUACAUUGAGGUGGCCGGCGAGGUUGUGCAGCUGCUUAUCUGGGAUGCCUCCGGGGAGAAGCGCUUCCGUCCGCUGCUGCCCACCUACUACCGGGAGGUGCACGGCAUUCUGCUGGUCUACGACGCCACAAAUCCAUCCAGCUUCAAGAGCUUGCCGAGCUGGCUGGACGAGAUCGAAACGUUCGGCAAGCAGGACGUGAGCAUUGUCCUCGUGGGCAACAAGUGCGAAGACCUGGAGAGCCGCAAGAUCAGCCAAUUGGAGGGAGUAACCUUUGCCGACGGCAAGGGACUCGCCUUCUGUGAGGCCUCCGCCAGAAGCGGCGUCAAUGUUGACCAAAUCUUUGCCACUCUGUCGCUGAAGAUACAUGAAAUCUACAAGGCCCAAUGCCCUGACACCUACACGGUUCACCUGAAGCCAGGCCCGGUGCAGGUCCUCCAGGACACUGGCAGUAUCCGCCUGGCUGGUUCGGCGGGCCCAAAGAACACCAACAAAGGCGGCUGCUGUUGGUGAAAACCCAAUCAAAUAUCCUUGCUUUGCGUUGCUUGUAUUUCCACUACACAUCGUUUUUCUGCAUCCAAUUAAAUUCGAAUUA